UAAGAUUUUCAAUGUUACUUAAUAGUUUUUUGGUACAGUACAGGAAAUGAUCCUGUUUUGUUAUAAUGGUAUUUUGAUAUGUUUUUCUAUGUUCUUGAUUACGUUACCUUUAACGCGCUUCUUGUAGGUAUUCCGGUAAACUGUUCCACUAGUAACCCAUAACUGAGCGUAAACAAGAAACGUUUAUACUAAUAGUUACAUUUUCAACACUUUUUAUCAUUAUUUUUCCAAAAAACAGAAACUACUAGCCGCGAACUUAAGCGUAAUUAUUACAAUAUGUUUUUUUCAUGGACCUCUGCACGCAGCCUUCAGGCACGACAUAUGGUUUAACAAAUCAUAAGUAACCUUCCAAAAUGAUUUUUCGUUCUUGUUUUAUUGUUAAUAAAUUAAGGGUUGGUGUUAUUUAGCUUUACGGAGCAAUAUACCAAGAUAAUUCAAUCUCCACCUUAAUUUUUUUCUAGGACAAGUUCACAAGAAGGUCAACAUUCAACUGUGAGAUAUCAUUUUGCUUACUCAUUUGUGGGGGUGUUUUUUAACAGGAUAAUUUUCGCGGGUACAGGAACUAAAAAAGUAAUAUAUAAAGUGGUAGAAGUAUAGACCCGGUAUAGACCCGUAUGGACCCGAACAGGCCUAUGCAUCGCCAGCGGACCGCUAUUUCAGGCAUAGACCUUUCCUUACAUAACAAAUCAGAGCUGAGAGCAACAUAAUAAAAGAGAUGGACACUUCUUAUGUGGCUGUUAUUGAAAGAAUUACGGACGCGUGAAUACGGUUGCAUUUCUCUAUGCUGUGAACAAGACAUAUACUGGAAUAAAUAUGCAUACAAUUCUCAAGAUGUUGGGUCCGGUUAACGAGAAAGCGUGGAAGUACUCGCUCUUCAUGCGUAACCCGAAGGAGCGCGCCGGCGUCUUGUCUCGUUUGACAUUCUGCUGGAUCAACAGCAUCCUGCAGAUCGGCAACAAGAGAGUCCUGGACACGAGUGACCUGUACCCGCUACUUGACGAGGACAAGUCACGUGACCUGACGGACAAACUCGAGCAGUCUUGGGCUGAUGAGAUCCGAGGUUCCCGCCUCAAGGGUCGAACACCCCACCUUACACGCGCUUUGAUGAGUAUUCUCUCGUGGAGCGAGUACGCGCUCAUUCUCUUUUCUCUCUUCAUCGGCGUUGCGUGUAACAUUCUUGAGCCUCUCCUACUGGGCUUACUGCUGACCGCCUUGCUCAACACAACGCGGGCCGGGCCUAUCGAAGACCCAAUGGUGUACGUGUACUCAGGGGGCCUGUGUGCGAGCUCGCUGCUCAGGGUCCUGGUGCUGAAUCAGUUCAACUCUAAGGCGCAACUAAUGGGCAUGCGCUGGAGGUCAGCGGUGACCGGACUCGUUUAUAAGAAGGUUUUGCGACUGAACCAGAAAGAAGUAGCCCAAGCAAGCACAGAUCACGCGAACACGCUUAUUACUCAUGACACACAGCGGAUGUAUGACGUCGUACUCAAAUCCGGGCUCAUCCUGCAGGGUACCCUGGAACUUCUCGCCGUUAGUGUGUUGCUAUGGCAACUCAUUGGUUUCCAGUCCCUGACGGGCAUUUUGUUUAUAACAAUGCUGAUUGGCUACUAUGUCGGGAUGUGGGAUGUGUGCCUCAAGCUACGUUCACGUAUUAAAUUUUGGGCUGAACGGCGCAUGUCAGUUAUCAGCGGUGUGGUGGAGAAUCUGCGCUAUGUUAAAAUGAAUUCAUGGGAAUGGUUGUAUCGGGACAAAGCUGGCAAAUACAGAAAAAAGGAGAUGCAAGCCAUUCAACAAAAGAGCGCCAUCUUGUCUUCAUUUGCCACGUUCUUGUACACAGCAACAACCGUCGCUGUGUUCAUCUCCCUGACAACGGUGGCUGUGACAGGCGAACCGCUGACCCUCUACAACAUCUUCAUGACCAUCGCCUUGAUGCGGACUAUCCGUCUCUCCUCCUCCUCCCUCUUCGCUUCCGGUAUAAAGUACAUGGGGGAGUUCUCUGCUGCCGCAAGUAGGAUCCAGACUUUCCUGCAAAUCGACGAAUACGACUCCCUUAAACCAAACAAAAGAAGCCUCGUGAAAUCUAAAAAGAUUUACAGGUCCUUUCUGGACUUAACCAAAUCGGAAAUUUCCCAGUAUCUCUCCUCAGAAGACGUUAACAAGAUCCAGACGGAGAUAAAAAAGGGAACAACACUAGCAGUGCCGGAAUACACCGAGGAGUUCAGGGACGCCAAUAUCGAGACUGUCACCGCAUUCGUAUCACUUAACAACGUCACGUGUCACUGGGGAAGAACCAACCAGGAGACGGCAUUGCAGAACCUGAACAUGCGAGCCAAUGCCAAGGAACUGACGCUCAUUAACGGCCCUGGAGGCAGCGGCAAGUCCACGCUACUGUUGGCAGUGUUAGGCGAGCUACCUGUCACCGAGGGUAGUAUUCUUACGGAGGGACGCAUGGUGUAUGUGCCGCAAAAGCCUUGUAUUUUCAGCGACUCGCUCAGGGAGAAUAUCGUGUUCGGGCGGCCGUUUAAUCCGUUUAGGUACCAGGCGGUCCUCAACGCUUGUAACUUACAGAAAGUGAUUGAGAAACUCCCGGAUGGAGACUUGACGCUGAUUGGUUCCCAGGGCGUCCCACUGACAGAGGACCAACGUGUCCGCGUGGGUCUGGCACGAGCUGCCUUUGCAGAUGCGGAGAUCUACCUUCUUGAUGAUCCGCUGAGUGGGGUAGACACCAAGAUUGCAGAGCAAGUGUUUGACAAGUGCAUUUGUGGGUUGAUGUCCAAGCGCCUGCGAAUCAUGGUCAGCCGUCACCUCCAGUACGUGGAGAGGGCGGAUCAGAUACUGACCAUGCGCUCGGGUACUAUUAUUCAUGAGGUGACGUCACCUAUGAUGGGGUACAAGUCGGUUAAACUGCACAGCGUCAGUGAUGACAGAAAUGUAAAAUCGGGAAGAGGGAAUAGCAAAUCAGUGGAAUUUCCGGAUUCAGAAGAGGCGGAGGUUAUCAAGAUUCCUAGCGUCGUUGACCGACCGGUUGAGAAUGACAGUUUACCAUGCCCUGUUCAGGGUAAGACUUACUGGAAAUACUUCUCGGCGGCUAUGUGGGAUCCUCUGAUAGUACUGUGCGCCUUGCUGUUCUUCCUGUUCCAAGUUAUACUGAUCGCCCCGGAUGUGUGGCUUCUAUACAUCAGUCACACCGAAUACAACCUGAUGACGAGUGAAGACACGUGGUAUGUAUACGCCUCUCUCGUGGCCGGUCCCUUUUUACUUGUCAUUCUACGCGCGACCGUCUUCGUAUCGACAGCUUUGCGAUCAUCCAACAAGAUGUAUAAUACUGUCAUGGAGGCUGUUCUCAAAGGACCGGCGAAUAUGUUCACGAAAAACCCCGAGAAAGCCACGGAGAUCCUUGAUAGCUUUUCUAAAGAUGUCAGUGCUAUGGACGAGAUCCUGCCGGGCGUUUUCCUCGACGCUUUGCAAGGCGCCUGUUUCACCAUCACGGCCAUUCUUCUCCCUGCUCUGUUGAACCAGUGCCUACUUCUCUUCGCGGUUCCUCUCGUCGUGCUUUUUGUGCUCUUCUGGGGGUACUACCUGCGUACGGCCCGUCAAGUCCGAAAGCUGGAGGUAGCAAGUCGCAUCCCUUUGAGUAAUCACUUUGCUGAGAUGCUGCGCGGACUAGCGGUCAUCCGGUCACAUGACAUGGUGGAUGAGUUCACCGACGAUGUGUUUAGGUACCAGGACUCCCACUGCCAGACGUCCUGCACGGCCGUGAUUCUGGAGGCCUGGGUAGCACUGCGCAUUGAUCUUCUGUGUGUGAUGUACCUAGCCGCCGUAGUGUUUGGCGCGCACCUCAUGAAUGUAGGACCAGCUUUUACUGGCAUAUCUCUAGUGUAUGCUAUCCAGAUGGCUUGUGAACUGUCCAUAUAUGGAGUUAAACGGUGCUUCGAUGUCGAGAAUUAUAUGACGUCAGUACAGCGUCUAUUGGAUCAUAGUAAUAUCGAGUCGGAGCCUGGGUACGAUAAUCGAACCCAGCCCCACGAACCGUGGCCGAGCGCGGGGCAUGUAGUAUGCGAUAACGUCUCGCUGACCUACGAAAAGGAUGGACUGCGGGCGCUCAAGGAUCUCACGUUUAGCGUCAGCGCCGGCGAAAAGAUCGGGAUUGUCGGACGGAACGGAUCGGGGAAAUCCUCCGUUAUCCACGCUUUAUUUAGGAUGCCUGAAAUCGAAGGGAAGAUACUGAUUGAUGAUGUGGAUAUCAAAGGAAUGAACUUGCAGCGAUCUAGGCAAGGGAUUUCUGUGAUCACCAAGGACCCCGUCAUAUUCUGUGGUAAUGUGCGAUGCAACGUAGACCCGUUCAGCAAACGCACUGACAAAGAAGUGUGGGAGGCCUUGGACAAAGUGCACCUAAAGCCUUGGGUGGAGACUCUCCCGAAGCAGCUGUACCAAGACCUAGCCGAGUGUUCUGCCGCCUUCAGCACUGGCGAAAAACAACUGGUCGCUUUAGCAAGGGCUUUGGUUUAUAAUACUAAGAUCUUAGUGCUUGAUGAAGCUACCUCGGUGGUCGAUUAUAAGACGGAUCGUUUGGUGCAAGAGAUUAUUAGAUCCAAGUUUAAGAACAGCACAAUUAUAACCGUGCCUCACCGACUUAGCACUAUCAUUGAUUAUGACCGGGUCAUGGUGCUGGAUAAUGGCCGCAUCGUGGAGUUUGACAAGCCGGAGACUUUGCUCAAGAAGUCUGACGGGUAUUUUGCUCACCUUUAUGGGAGUCAAUGCCCCACAUAAGACUUUAGGCGUGUACCAGGGAGUGAAAACGACACACUUUGAAAUAACAAUGGGCUUAUCAAAGGGGUUACAAUCGGUCCGAAGGCAAUUUUAAAAAGGGACAGAGGCGCCUUUGGAAAGCAUGAGAAUGUCCCAUUUAUCAAGUAAAAAGAAAUCUAGCCUGUAAACAGACUAUGAAAACUUCGUAUUCGUAUUCAUUUCGUACCGAGGUUAAAAAAAAUUUAGAAAGGAAUGAUCUGUAUAAUAUUAAUAUCAUUAGUCAAUCGUUAGAUCGACCCGCAUGUUAUUGAUGGCAUUUCUUCUCCCUGAGGGGAUUUUGUUUUGUAUAGCCGGGUCGGAACUCAUAUUCACACGUCUUAUACCAGAUUAUUUUGGUUUGUGAUAAAAUAAACACAUUAUAUUUGAUCAUA